UUCUUUUCCCCGCUGGUUUAUACUAGUUGCUUCUCCUGCGGACGUGGGACGACAUCGAAACUGGUCGAUACACAGUUCCACACUCGUCCCCCUAAUUUCCUCCUCGAUGCAUCAUUCUCCAGAGUCAUUUCACGUCCCAAAACAUCACAAAUAUUAAAUUUUAAACCCCUUCCCUCAAGUUCCCAUUUUUGACCUUCCAAUUCCUCUCUCUCUGUUCUUCCCCUCUUCACAUCCGAGUUUCUCAAUUUGUUUCUCAACAAAACCCUCAAAAGAUGAUUUUGGGACCUGAUUAAUGCCCAUUUAUUGCAAUUUGCGACACCAUGGCAUGGUACAGAAGAUCUAAAUUAGUUGUUGAUGCCUUUAAGACCUUCACUACUAAGAUUGUGCCCAAAAGCCCGAUCACAAACUCCCUUCCAAAGCCCUACCAGCCACAGUAUGCUUCUUAUACUUCCACCCGUAAUACAUCCAGGGCUAACGGAUUUGGCCUUUGUGCACCGAUUUUCAGAAACUCAGGUUUUCAAUUGGGGCUCAAGCAAAAUCAGUGCCGCCCUUCUUUAGGUGGGGCAAGAAGAUAUUACUAUGUUGAUCGGCACCAAAUUUAUCACUUUCGGCCCCGAGGGUACAAAAAAUGGUUUCAGAAUCCAAGAAAUGUGUUCAUUGUGAUUUUGGUGGGUUCAGGGGUGGUGAUUACUGUUUAUUUUGGUAACUUGGAAACUGUUCCUUAUACCAAAAGAACCCAUUUUGUGCUUUUGUCCAAAGGUCUUGAGAGAGCGCUUGGGGAGCAUCAGUUCCAGGACAUGAAAAAGGCGUUCAAGGGGAAAAUUCUGCCACCCAUCCACCCGGAGAGUGUUAGAGUGAGGUUGAUUGCAAAAGACCUCAUCGAGGCUCUGCAACGAGGGCUGAGCAAGGAGCACAUGUGGACUGAUCCUGGCUAUGCAUCUGACCAUGCAUAUGAGCCAGAUGAGAACAGUGGACAUGAGACCUUGAUGGCAUUGAGUGAUAAUAUGUCUACCACUGAAGGGAAAUGGAACAGGGAGGAUGAGAUCCUUGAUGAUAAGUGGGUCCAACAAAGCCGGAAGAGCGGUCAAGAGAAGGGGAAGUCACCUGCAACUGGACAUUUGGAGGGUUUAAAUUGGGAGGUUUUGGUGGUUAAUGAACCUGUUGUGAAUGCAUUUUGUUUGCCUGGUGGUAAGAUUGUAGUUUUCACGGGGUUGCUUGAGCAUUUUAGAACUGAUGCUGAGAUUGCAACUAUACUUGGACAUGAGGUUGCUCAUGCUGUGGCUAGACAUGCUGCUGAAGGAAUUACUAAAAACCUGUGGUUUGCGAUUGUGCAAUUGAUUUUAUAUCAAUUUGUCAUGCCUGAUGUUGUCAAUACAAUGUCUAAUCUUUUCCUACGGCUUCCUUUCUCAAGGAGGAUGGAGAUGGAAGCAGAUUACAUUGGGCUACUUUUAAUGGCUUCUGCAGGGUAUGAUCCUCGAGUGGCUCCCAGGGUGUUUGAGAAGCUGGGUAAGGUAACGGGUGAAAGCACUACGGAUUAUCUUUCUACUCACCCGUCAGGAAAAAAGAGAGCUCAGUUAUUGGCUCAAGCAAAAGUUAUGGAAGAAGCCUUGCUCAUAUAUAGAGAAGUACAAGCAGGACGAGGUAUCGAGGGUUUUCUAUAAGGGCCAAGACAUUUACGUGUUGCAGUUUCACAUUGUCAGCUGUGGGUAACUUGAUUGCUUGGCAUCUCCCACUUUACCGAUGAAAACUUUGAGAAUCAUCAAGAACUGUUUAUUGAUUAUCUUUAUGUUUUUUUUUUCCUAUUUCCCUUCAUAUUCGAAAUCCUUGGGUGAAUUUUGUACUUCUUCCAAUUUACUCACAGAAACAGAAAAAUGUUCAGAAGAGGAAAAGGUGUCCGAGU